AUGGUGUCAAGUCAUCACAGCUCUUACAAAAAUGCCAUCGAGUUAUCUCUCAAUACCAUCGACAAUGAAGUGUACCUUAAAGGUCUCCACAUUUUUGAUAAUGAAGGUGAUAGUUUAACGGCUCUCCGAGGCUCCAUCACUUUGAAAGUGAAAAAACCAUUUUAUUUGCAGCACCUACAGUCGUUGAAAAUAUCGUUCCAAGGUGAGCUUCUUACCAAAGUCUUCCCAUCACAUUCUGGUGAAGAUACCAAGACCUUAAAAGACAUUGUCAUUCAAGACCAGCUAGAUUGGGACUUAUCGGAUAUAAACCCAUCGUCAUUAUCAUCCAGUGACACAUUGGUAUACCCAUUUCAAUUUCUUGUGGACUCAAAACUCCCAGAAACCAUCGAAACUUAUUUUAAUAAAGUGUCAUAUUCAUUAACGUCCACUCUUAAAUUUCAUUCUCCGAAAAAAUCUUUGGACAAACCUUACAAAGAAAUCACCGUUACUGCUCCGAUUGCCAUCAUGAGAAUCCUUCAUGAUCCGCUGCUACUUGAGUUUGGCAACCAAGCGAUUAUUGAGGGAUCUUAUAAGAAUUAUUUCCAUUAUUCCGUUAACUUCUCUCAUAAAAUAAUUUAUUUGGAUGAUACCGUCGAUUGCACGGUUGAAAUUGUACCGACAUCAAAACUAUUCACCGAGCACCAAUUUUGCAAAUUGAAGAGAUUUCAAUUAUUUCUUUUGCAAAACUAUAAUCCUAACGUGGGAUGUUGCCCUCAGAGAUCUAUUAAGAAAAGAAAGUUGGUGGUGGCCGAGCAUAAAUUCAAAUCUCAAGAUUGGUGCAAGUCAUCAGGAAGUUACAAAUUCUCAAUGCAAAUCAACUUCCAGAAAAUCCAAGCCAAUUUCUACGGGUAUUAUCCAACAUUUGGCAAUUCCGCCCGUAUUGCCCCUUUUACCAUCCAACAUUAUUUGCGAUCGAUGUUCAUUAUUGAAGAGAAGCUUUUUGAAGAUGAAGAGGUGCUUGAAAGACUUUUCAAGACGGUUGAUUCUUAUUCUAGUGGGGCUAAUACCAUAAAUAAAGGUCUGAAAAGAGAGUCCAUUUCGUCGUCGUCGUCGUCGUCGUCGUCCGCAUCCACUUUUUAUUCUGCACGGGGAUCUUUCGAUUCGGUGAUCACUUGUGCUGAGGAAUUGUUAAGUAGCUUAGUUUCACAAACCAAACAUAAGAUGGAACCCACCGAAUUGUAUUUCAAGAAUUCCAUUUGCUUAUUGCCAGAAGAUACCCGAUUUGCCAAUUUACCCCCACCGAAUUAUGCGCCAUAUCUCAAGAAUUCCCACGGUAGUGGGGAGGCAGGGUGCUGCUGCUCUCUGAAAUCGGUGCAGUUGAGUAAUUCCAGGCACUGGAAGAAGAAUAUGUGGUGGAAUCGGUUGAUGACUCCGAAAAUUAACAGGAUGGAGUAUUGGAAGUUACUUUGCUCUGUGUAUGAGGAGAAUAAUGGUAGUUGUUGGAGCAAGCCUCCGAGCUAUUCCAUGGCGUUGGAAUUGUGA